CGGAAAAUUUGCUCUUUUAGAAUUUGUCUAGUAGGUUUCUUCUAAAAGAAGAAGCCCCCUUUUGUGGGUGUAAAAGAAAAAGUUCUAUUUAUUUAUUUUGUGUUAAGAUUGUUUCGCGGUACCAAAUAAUUUACUGAAUUAUGUUUGUUGCGGCAGCGAUUGCAUCUCUAGCCAGGAGAGGGCAGGAAAACACUAUUGUUACUGCUAGCCCAUCGUUUUAUAUUCGUUAGUAAGGUAUUUCUGCGUGAGGUUUUCUUUGAAAGGACAAAACUAAAUUCACAGGUCAAUACUAGCGCUACAUUAGUAGUGGUUUUCGCCAACAACAGAACAUUAGUAACACACACGUUACUUUCUCAGUGGUCUGCAGUGUUGUAACCUGGUUAUAUGGCUAAUGGAUGCAACUGCAACGAUGUCGUUGCGAAACCUGUUUGACUCGCAUAUGCCGUUAAAUCAGAAGUGGAGUGGAAAAGAUAAGGGUUAGGGAGAGGUAGCACGACUCAUCGGGCAAAGACCGGGCACCGAGCUCUCGGUUAAAGCGGUCCGUGGUGAAUGCACGACACACACACGGAAACUCUUCUUAGCGCUACUUCCGCCCAAACGAAAAAUGGCGGCUCCCUUGAUGGAGAAAUUGUCGGAAUAUUUGGGUUCGCCUGAACCGGCAGUUCGAUUGAUUCUGUCUAUUUUAAUAGGUUAUCCUUUAGCGCUGGUCUACCGGCGGUUCCUGUUUCAUCAGUCUGCGUUUGUCAUUCAUCUGUUCCACACUCUCACAGGGCUCUCCCUGGCCGUGUUUAACUUUGCAGGGUCUCAGGUCUAUCAUUCCGCAUUAUGUAUAGUCAUCCAGUUCCUGUUUCUGAGGCUCAUGGGAAGGACAGUGACUGGAGUCCUAAGCAGCUUUAUUUUUCAGAUGAUGUAUCUCCUAACUGCUUAUUACUACACAGCUACAGAGGAGUAUGACAUCAAGUGGACCAUGCCACACUGUGUGCUCACACUCAAACUCAUCGGCCUGUCAUUUGAUUACUAUGAUGGUGGAAAAGAACCAUCUCAGCUGAGCGCCGAGCAGAAGAGCUCCGCCCUGUUGGCUACGCCGUCCUUCUUGGAGGUGUGCGGUUUCUCCUACUUCUACGGCGGCUUCCUGGUGGGGCCCCAGUUUACCCUGCGCAACUACCUGAGGCUGGUCAACCGAGAGAUGAGCGACUCACCUGGUCACGUGCCAAACAGUGGGAUCCCUGCCCUAAAGCGUUUCUGUUUGGGGUUGGUCUUUUUGUUGAUCUUCACGAUAUGUGGGCCAUACUAUCCAGACAGCUACUACCUUACUGAUGAGUUUGAGGCCCAGCCAUUUUGGUACAGGUGUGUUUACAUCCUUCUGUGGGCUAAAGUAAACCUGUACAAAUAUGUCAGCUGCUGGCUAAUAACGGAGGGCGUGUGCAUCCUCUCUGGCCUCGGCUACAACGGGCGCAGCGAGAAGGGGGAGGCGCAGUGGGACUCCUGUGCCAACAUGAGGGUGUGGCUAUAUGAGACCACACCCUUCUUCACAGGCACCAUCAACUCCUUCAACAUCAACACAAAUGCUUGGGUGGCCAGGCACAUUUUUAAGAGGCUGAAGUUCCUAGGUAACAAGAUGGCCUCGCAGAUCUCCACGCUGUUCUUCCUGGCGAUCUGGCACGGCCUGCACUCCGGCUACCUCCUCUGCUUCUCCAUGGAGUUCAUCAUCGUCAACGUGGAGAGGCAGGCCCAGGCUAUGGUGAAGGACAGCCCCAUGCUGACAGCUGUGGCCGACGGCCCUCUCUACCCCCUCUUGUACGUGGUGCAGCAGUUUAUCCACUGGCUUUUCAUGGGCUACCCACUUGUGCCCUUCUGCCUCUUCACCUACGACAAGUGGCUCAAGGUUUAUUCAUCUGUGUAUUUCUGCGGCCACAUCUUUUUCGUCACUGCCUAUCUUAUCCUACCUUACCUCCGUAAAGCACUGGUGCCUCGCAAAACCAAGAGCGACAACAAGAACGAUUAGAAUAAUGGGUUUAUCUGUCUGGGCCUCCUAACGCUCUCUGAAGGGAACUGUGACUUUUACAGAGUGACUGGUUGGAAAAUAUUAAGGCCUUUAAUAAUAUAUGAAUACAAGCAUAAAUCUGUACAAAUGUCCGUUUUGAUUAUGAUUUUUUUUGCGUUUUGAGCAGCCGUUGUGUUGUGGGAGAGGACUAAAGAAAGGAUUAAAUGAUAAUACUACAGAACCGAGUGGAGAGGUGUUCUUUUUUUUUUUUUUUUUACGAUACUUUGAGAAGAUGGAGGGUUAUUUUUGGAUUAUUAUUGAGAAGGUUAUUAUUAUGGAUUAUUCCAGCCACAGAACUGCACUCAUCACUCUCUGGUCUGCAGCCUUUCAGUGGCACGUGUUAAUGGUCUCAUUUCCUGCAAAGACAAGCAGCCAAUCAGGGAGCUGUCCCAGGCCGGAUCUGCCGGCACAGCCUGUGCGAAUGAAACACUUUUUCGUCGAGCUGCUGUGUUCUUGAUAUGCUGUUGUCUGAACAUAUGUCCUUACGCUGUUGACUAGAGACUGUCUUGGGAUUAUAGUUUUUUGUUUGUUUACUUGUGUUUUAUUUAAGGUUUAUUUUAUUUAACUUUCUCCACCCUGCAGCCAGUGGUCAGUUACACAAGACACAGUAAUGUAAAACACUCACACAUUGUGCAGUGUAAAAGAUUCGGAUAUGCCUUCCAUUGUAAAUGAAUGUUAUACCUUCUUUUUUGUUUUUGUUUUAACUGGUUUUUCAUGGGUUUUUUUUAAAAGCAAUUUUAGGAUGGGUUUAUUUUGUAAUUUUGUAGCUUUUUCAAUAAGUGUCCCCAACAAAAAAUUGUUUAUUCUUUUUGACUUUUUCCACUUACCAACAUCUCACUCUGCUUAAACUAGAACACACACAAAACUAGAACAUACCAAGGAAAUCUUACAAAAUAAACACUACUUGCCAAAUUGAUUAUUUUGUAUGACAUGGAAUUGUGAUUUCUUGGCACCUUGUAGACCCUUUUCCACGCAAUCUGAAGAAGCAGGGACUCACUGUAGCGUUAGGAAGAUUUUAAUAAUAUUUAUACUUGUUCACGAUUUCACUGAUGUUGAAACUAAUUUUGCCUUAUUGUUACCAAAUGUAUAAAAUGAUUUUAAAUGAGACUUCUUUUGUAAUGUUCAUUAAAAAAACUGCACUUGAUCAAA